AUGUUUACUGGUAGAGUAGCACCGCUACAGUCUACAAUUGUUCCAAGUAGAAGAAGGAAAGGUGAUUUUUUUGCUUUAAAACUUGUUCAAAUGGAUGCGUUUAAGCUCCUUACGACGGGAACUUCUUUAAAAAAGGCUGCCUCUGUUUCAUUGGCGAAAAAACAAGAGGAAACUCGGAUUCAAAAGAUAUUUUAUACUGGUAAGGUAAAAGUUACUGGAACAAAUCCAAUUGAGCCGAUAAAAGACUUCCCUGAAUGUUUGUUCACCCAAAAUUUGCACGAACAGGGUUUCAAGCAAGCUUCACCCAUCCAGCAGUAUGCAAUUCCUGCUAUUGAACAACGCCGAGACGUUUUGGCAUGUGCUCCUACGGGAUCUGGUAAGACGGUUGCAUACCUGUAUCCCAUUGUACGGAGUCUUCAAGCUCAUAAAGACGGUGGAUUCCGUGCUGUGAUUGUUCUGCCGACGCGUGAAUUGGCAGAACAAGUGAAUCGUCAAUUGAAGCGUUUAAUUGCACGGACGGACUUAAAAGCAAUCUUCUACGACAAGUCCAACGAAAAAAUACAAGAAAAAAAUACGAAAUUGCGUGAGAUUUACGACAUUUGUGUCUCUACACCAAUGCGUCUCGUUCACGCCAUUAAGUCGGGUCUUUCUCUGGCCAACGUUGAGUUUCUUGUCCUUGAUGAGGCCGAUCGGUUGUUUGAAAAGAACUUUGUUGAGCAAACAGACGGUGUUUUGAGUGCUUGCACACAUCCACGCAUUUGCAAGUGUCUUUUCUCGGCAACUCUUCCAUCAACGGUGGAAGAGUUGGCUAAGACGGUAGCUCAUGAUCCCCUUCGUAUCAUUGUUGGCCAAAAAGAUGCAGCUACAUCAACUAUUGAGCAGAAGCUUUUGUUCGUUGGCAAUGAAGCUUCGAAGCUUGUAAUCUUCCGUCAGAUGGUUUCGGAUGGUGAGAUUCAACCUCGUGUUGUCAUCUUUGUGCAAGACAUUGACCGUGCGAAGGCUCUGUACACAGAGCUUAUGUUCGAUGGGAUUCAUGUUGCUGCCAUUCAUGGCGAACUUCCUCAGAUGAAGCGCGACGAGGUUAUGGCCCGGUUUCGUAAGGGCGAAGUUUGGGUUUUAAUUGCCACGGAUUUGUUGGCACGGGGCAUUGACUUCAAUGGAGUCAAGCUGGUUAUCAACUACGAUUUUCCUCAAAGUGUACACAGUUACAUUCACCGUAUCGGUCGUACUGGCCGUGCUGGUCACGGUGGCCGUGCAAUUACGUUCUACACAAAAGAAGAUAGCGAGUACUUAAAGCUCGUUGCUGGCGUCAUGAAAUCAUCUGGUUGCGAGGUACCAGAGUGGAUUAUGGCGCUCCCUAAGCCCACCAAACAACUGAAAAAGAAGCUCAAAUAUCACGCUCCCGACCGUAAGCGUAUUACGACUCGUUCUUCAUACGAUCGUCACAAGGAGGUUCGUAAAAAAGAAGCUAUUCAACAAGCCAAAAAGCUAGCUUCUAUAAAAAAACAACAGGAGAAGAAAAAGGAGAAAGUAUCUGAGUCUGAGAUGACAACAGACUAG